GUUUAUGUCAGGGACUUUGGAACCAUUUAAUACAACUACAACUACUUUGAUCAACUACACUUUUAUUGCCGAGGUAUAGUACCAUCCUCCCUGGGGGUGUGCAUGGUUAACUCAGUGGCCACUUGACGUACUGUUGCCGUCCUUGUCACUCAGACAUCCUAGGAAUUUAACAGCUAACAGAGCGUUAGCGCUGCAUUGUUGGGAAACGAAUAGAAACAUUCGUGUGUUACGCAGUUUGCGCUACGGGCCGUCGUUAUUUGUCAUUUAAUACUAUUCGCAGGGAGGAGAUCGAUAGCGUUUCGCCACUGUGCUGUUGAAGCAUGUGCACGUGAAGAAGAUACUGGAGUCGUGAUCAACUGAACCCUGGUACCCACGCUGCAGAGCAGUGCUGCCUUCUUCUUCAUCCCUUUGACCGUCAUCACACAUGUUCUUACAUGAAGAGAAGCGAGAAACCCGAAGGAUACAGACAGAUGAGACCCAAGACGUUCCCUGUCAGCAGCAACAGCGGCAACAGCCAACUAAUGCUGCAGGAAAUCCGUGAGAGUCUCCGAAACCUUCCCAGGCCCUCGGACCUGGCCAAGGUGGAGAUGGGCAGCUCUGGGAAAAUGCUUCCUGAAGACCCAAGACAACCUGGUCGGUCCGCCAGAAACCCAUACCACAAAGCAUUGCAGGAGAUCCGAAAGUCCCUCAUGCCUUUCGCCAAUGAGCCAUUUAAUCCGGGUGGGACGAGCGAAGUGAACAAUCAAAUGCUUAUGUGGCUUAUGUCAGCUGGGUUUGAAGAGGAAAUAGGGAUCCGUGCUCUGAAGCACACCAACAGCCGCAGUAUCGAGGCCGCGCUGGAGUACAUCAGUAAGAUGAGCUACCCGGACCCAGCCAGGGAGCAAAUGUCCGUGACUGCCAACCGCCCCGUCAACGCUGGCAUCAAAGCUUCAGGUGCUUCUCACGUCCAGCAGCCCGUGGUCAGGAGGUCCAGCUGGAAGGGCUCCAAGGAGUCUCUGACCCAGAGACACAGCCCCAUGGGGCUGGAGGGUAUGAUGUACCGCUCCGACAGCCCCGGCCCCCAGGGGGAGCUGUCGGCCCGGGGCCCGCCCCCCGCCUUCCCCCAGGGUCACCACGGCAACGGCCAGCGCGGCAACCCGCACCUGCAGCCUCAGGUGCGCAGCGUCACGCCGCCGCCCAACUGGGACAGCAACCCGUCGACCAAGCGCUACUCCGGCAACAUGGAGUACCUCCCCCGCGUCUCCCCGGUGCCCCAGGGCGCCCGGCCCCAGGACGGCUACCCCGGCGCCGCCCCGCCCAACCAGCGCGGCCUCAGCCCCGUGCCCCUCGGCCGGCAGCCCAUCAUCAUGCAGAGCUCGGCGGGCAGCAAGUUCACCUUCCCCCCCGGCUGGGCCCAGUCCCCGCAGACGGACUACGUCGCCGGGGGGGGUGGCGGCCGCCAGCCGCCUCCGCCGUACGCGGCCCCGCAGGGCAGCCGCCACAGCCCCACCGACCAGGGGCAGGGCGGGGGGCCGGCCUCCUCGCCCUCCUACAUGAACGGGGGCAACCUCCCCCCGUCCAUGCUGGUCCCCAGCCGCAACAGCCACAACCUGGACAUGUACAAUCCCCAGUCCUGGUCCCAGGCCCCGCCGCAGUCCUCCCCCAACGGCAACACCCAGCAGGACCUGUCGCCCUCCUGGCAGCAGAACAUGCCCACCCGCUCCAACUCCUUCAACAGCCACCAGCUGGGCGGCCGAGCGGCGGGCUCCCAGCCGUCUGCCACCACGGUCACUGCCAUCACCCAGGCCCCCAUCCUGCAGCCCGUCAAGAGCAUGCGCGUCCAGAAGCCAGAGCUGCACACCGCCGUGGCGCCCACACACCCGCCCUGGAUGCAGCAGCCGCAGCAGCAGCAGCAACAACAGCAGCAGCAGCAACAACAGCAGCAGCAGCAACAACAGCAGCAGCAGCAACAACAACAACAACAACAACAACAACAACAGCUCCAUCAGCAGCAGCAACAACAGCAGCAGCAGCAGCAGCAGCAACAACAGCAGCAGCAGCAGCAGCAACAACAGCUUCAGCAGCAGCAGCAACAGCUCCAGCAGCAGCAGCAGCAACAACAACAGCAGCACCAACAACAACAACAACAACAGCAGCAGCAGCACCAACAACAACAACAGCAGCAACAGCAGCAGCAGCAGCCAUCCCCCCUUCUUCAUCCUACAAAUGGCUACCCAGAUCCGCCCGCCCCCACAGCUCAGAACCCAGUGGUAGCGGAGGUCCCCAGCUACCAGGGCCCCCCUCCCCCUUACCCAAAGCACCUGCUCCAGCAGCCGGCCCCCGGCCCGAGCCCCCCGUCGUUCGAGCCCGGCGGCGCCUCGAGGCUCGGGGCCGGGAGGGAGGAGCCGCCCGAGGCCGAGCAGGAAGGAGCGGGAGACGUUGGCGGUGGCGGCGGCGGCGGGGGCGGCGACAGGGCCCCCGAGGGCCCAGACGGUGGCAGCAGCAAAGGCAGCUCCUCCGGGGCGGAGAGCAAGGAGCGCAAGCAGAUCACCACGUCCCCCGUGCCGGUGCGCCGCAACAGCAAGAAGGACGAGGAGCCGCGCGGCGACUCGGCCCGGGUGCCGCUGUACUCGCCGCAGGCCUUCAAGUUCUUCAUGGAGCAGCACGUGGAGAACGUCCUCAAGAACCACCAGCAGCGCAUCCGCCGCCGGAAGCAGCUGGAGAGCGAGAUGCAGCGGGUGGGCCUGUCCCAGGACGCCCAGGAGCAGAUGCGCAUGAUGCUGAGCCAGAAGGAGUCCAACUACAUCCGCCUGAAGAGAGCCAAGAUGGACAAGUCCAUGUUCAAGCGCAUCAAGACCCUGGGCAUCGGCGCCUUCGGCGAGGUGUGCCUGGCGCGCAAGGAGGACGCCGGCACGCUGUACGCCAUGAAGACGCUGCGCAAAAAGGACGUGCUGCUGCGCAACCAGGUGGCCCACGUCAAGGCGGAGCGCGACAUCCUGGCGGAGGCGGACAACGAGUGGGUGGUGCGCCUCUACUACUCCUUCCAGGACCGGGACAACCUGUACUUUGUCAUGGACUACAUCCCCGGCGGCGACAUGAUGAGCCUGCUGAUCCGCCUGGGCAUCUUCAAGGAGGAGCUGGCGCGCUUCUACAUCGCCGAGCUCACCUGCGCCGUGGAGAGCGUGCACAAGAUGGGCUUCAUCCACCGCGACAUCAAGCCCGACAACAUCCUGAUCGACCGCGACGGCCACAUCAAGCUCACCGACUUCGGCCUCUGCACCGGCUUCCGCUGGACGCACGACUCCAAGUACUACCAGAGCGGGGACCACGUCCGACAGGACAGCAUGGACUUCAGCAAGGACUGGGAGGACCCGGCCAACUGCCGCUGCGCCGACCGCCUGAAGCCUCUGGAGCGCCGGAAGGCCCGGCAGCACCAGCGCUGCCUGGCCCACUCGCUGGUGGGCACGCCCAACUACAUCGCCCCCGAGGUGCUGCUCCGGAUAGGUUACACCCAGCUGUGUGACUGGUGGAGUGUGGGCGUCAUACUCUAUGAAAUGGUGGUGGGGCAACCACCAUUCCUGGCCACCACACCUCUUGAAACCCAGCUGAAGGUCAUCAACUGGCAGAGCGCGCUUCUCAUCCCGGCCCAGGCCCAGCUGAGCGCCGAGGCCUCGGACCUCAUCGUCAAGCUGUGCCGCGGCCCCGAGGACCGGCUGGGCAAGAACGGCGCCGACGAGAUCAAGGAGCAGGCCUUCUUGGCCUCGGUGGACUUCAGCAGCGACCUGCGGCAGCAGCAGGCGCCCUACGUGCCCACCAUCGCCCACUGCACCGACACGUCCAACUUCGACCCGGUGGACCCCGACAAGCUGUGGAGCGGCGGCAGCAGCGACCACAACGACACGCUGGCCGGCUGGUUCCGCAACGGCAAGCACCCAGAGCACGCCUUCUACGAGUUCACCUUCCGCCGCUUCUUCGACGACAACGGCUGCCCCAAGCCCAUCGAGGGCGAGGAGUACGGGAUCGAGGGCGAGGAGUACGGGGUCGCGGAGGGCUCGGACCCAGAGGGGGAGGAGCCACUGUUGCAAUAG